UGGGGAGGAGAUUUCCUCUGCUCGUGCUCGCCGUCGUCGUCUUCCUCCACGUGUGUUUGUCGUGGCGCCCGUGGAAACAACAUACCAAGAGGAGGGCGUCGACGAAACGGUCGGCAGGAGAGCGUACAAUGGCGGGCAUGCAGGGACGCGCGGGUGUUGGUGCGGGUCAGGGCGGAAUACGAGCUGCGACGGCGGUACGACCCAUCCAUGUACGCCCAUUUGCAGUCGUGGGAGACGCCGCUGCCCCGUCGGACAAGGAGCCCGAGACGGAAGAACUGCCAACGUUGCCUCUUGCCAGCGGCUCAACGCAGCUUUGGUCGCAGACAGUACGAGCAGGCGGUUCGGGUUGCAACGAAGGCGGCGAGUACACGUCUUUGCUGCAGCAAGGCUUGGGAGACGACGACGACGGAGGACUUGAUCUCAGGUUCGGCUUAUGUUCAGGCGGGUCCAAGGAGGCGAGCCGUACGUUGAUCAUCGACACCGAUCCUUCGCCACGUGGCGUGGAACAAGGUGGGAGUCACCGUACGGAUCAAACCACCCUUCGUGCCCGUGCGUCCGUGCCUGCCAGUGUCGGGCCAUCUGCAGUGCUCCGGCGUCAAGGUUCCACAGCACCGUCCGCCGAUCGAUCGACAAGUAACUGGCCUGCACGCAACGGAGCCGCAGCCGGGUCACCGCGCGUCGAGUGUGCACGUCCUUCGAUGCCCGAACGCACAACACCGACCCAAUCCGACGUGAGGGACGCGGGUGCAUGCAGACCACUGGUGCGUCCAGUACCCACUGUGGAGAACAUCACACGAGGUGUGUCGAACAUGCGGGCACACAGUGAUGGCGGCGGCGACGACGGUGUUGGAGGUGACGAUGCUGACGAGCGAUUGACGGAGGACGUGGACGCAGGCCGGGAAGUCUGUGAUGUACUGGUCUCCGGAGGAACAACUGCAACUAGUGAGAUGCAAGCGGGAGCAAGAGAUGCACCUCGCCGGGCUGGGCCACAACUACGAGCGGAUGCGGACGAAGGACUGGAAGUGGGACGACACUGCAAAGCGCAUGGCGAGCGCGGGGAAACCGAAAGACGCGGACGAACGCAUGAAGAAGUGGGACAAUCUGUUCCGAAACUACAAGAAGAUACAACGAUUUCAGAACGCAAGCGUGCGCCCCCAGUUCCAGCGGCGAGAGAGGAGGGAGCAGUUGUGGCGAUGGCGAGGGACGACGCGCGUGGAGAGAAGAGGAGUGAUCGGGCAGGCGGCGAAGCUGGUUCGAGCAGGCCGCGCAGGGGAGUGUUGACAAAUGAUCUCAUAGACCGUGCCGUCCUUUGGGUCGACGACAAACCUUUCUGGACGACGAGGGAGGGGCGAAGACUCUACAACAUCGUACACCAGACAAGAGAGUACUUCGUCGCCAUCACCAACGGACUUCCACCGCCUGUGAUCCCUCGGAGCGUUGUGAUGCCCAAAUCCAGCACGCGGAUAGCCAGGAUCGCCGACCCGUCACAGCUGCAACAAGCGACCUCCCGUGCGUCGGCAGUGGAGAACAUCACUCUCCUCGUAUUGCACGGCUGGGUUUUCAAGUCUGGGAACCGCCCGAGGGGUUACAAUCUUGCAUUCCAGUACGCCCUGGAGUCUGUGGCGACGGACAUAGCGCGAGCUAUGUGGUACGGCAAGGAGUGGUGCAACGUCGUCAGCCCGGCGGUUUGCGCACACACAAUAGAUCUCUCCAUGGACUUGCCAUUGUGGUUCGCGGGCGUGAAAGUCGAGAACAAACCGGACGACGAUGACGUGGCGGCGUACCAGGAGUCCACCAUCAUCUGCGUCGCGCAUGCGUUCCGGGCGGCAGUGCAAAUGGGGGUGGUCAUCGACGGCGAGUUCAUCUCGCACGAUCGUCUUUGCUGGGUGACUGACUGCUUUAGACUGUUGUUGGCGGCGUGCAUGUGGAUAAUGCGCAUGUCGGGAGACGAUCCGCGCAGCCACUUCGAAGCUUUCCACUUCCCGACACUGGUGUCGAAGCCCACACUCGUGGCGUCCAUGCAUCGGUCGUUCGACCAUCGUCGAUCCAUUCGGCUCGCCAUGAAAGCCGUCACGGAAAGGCUCGGGAAGGCAAACGCCACGUUUGGAAAGCACCCCGACUACCUUCCUCAUUGGGCAGACCGCGACAUUGUGUUCGGACACGACGCAAGGAUUGACGGGCCGGAGGAAGCUAAGAAGCUCGAUUGGUUGGGUUCGGGUCCCGCCGAUGAUGACAACGACGAUGACGACAAGGGUGACGCGUAGAGGGGGGCGAGGUGGGCGGUAUGUGUGGGCGGGUGAGUGGUUCGAUCGACAUGCAAUUCGAAAG